AGGGUGGUGCGGUUCUUUCAGGAAACAAUUGUGAAAGUAAACAGUGUGUCAUCAAGCCGGACAACCCGCCGAAGCGCUAACGAGGGGCUAGAGUGUCACGAACGCGGACAUGGAGACGAGUGCUUACGGUGCAUCGCUGGCCGGAGGAGCCUUCGAUUUCUGGAGCUUUGUAAAGCGACCGCAGACUAUCGCCAGGCUGUUGAGUUGGAUCUUCGCCAUAGUGGUGUUUGCCACAAUAGUUUCUGAAGGCUACAUAAAUGAUCAGCAUUUAGACACCACUAAAUGCAUGUUCAAUCAGAAUGACAGUGCUUGCAGCUACGGAGUUGGUGUGGGGAUUUUAGCUUUCCUGGUCUGUGUUAUCUUCACUGUGCUGGAUGCCUACUUCCCCCAGAUCAGCAAUGCCAACGAGAGAAAAUACAUUGUGUUGGGUGAUCUUUGUUUCUCUGGUGUGUGGACGUUCCUGUGGUUUGUGUGUUUCUGCGUCCUGGCCAAUCAGUGGUCUCACACAACUCAGACAGAGGUCCUAGUUGUUGCAGCUCGAGCUGUGGUGACCUUUUCCUUCUUCUCCAUUGGCAGCUGGGGCGUUCUUACCACAUUCGCAUUGCACCGAUACCGCCAAGGGGUGGACGAGGUUGGCCUAGGCUACAAUGAUCCAUCAUCCAGUGACCACACUUCCCCGUACCCUUCAGCAUAUGCUGGUGCUCCAGCGGGUUAUCAGCAGUCCCCAUUCACCGCCAGUGCUGCGGGACAGGAGGGGUAUCAGCCUCCGGCUUACUGAGGGGGAAGGCAUUUCAACGCGUCUGAGAGGCUCACCUGUGUGGACUUUCAGUAGCUCCGCUUUUUCCUUUUCCAUAAGAGUUGAAAUUGUGACCUGGGAUUGGUGUGUGCUUCGCUGGUGUGUUUUUUUUUUUUUCAAAGUUUGAAAGGAAGAAAAAAAAAAGUUAUUUAUUUUUAUUUACGUCGGAUGCGAAUUCUAAAUUCUACCCUAAGUUAAAAAGUUCCUUGCAGAGAUUGUGAAAUCCAGAUUCCACACCAGCUGCGGUUUUUACAUUUAAGAAACUGAUGGAAUUUACUUCAUUCCAUGUCUUGAAUGCACAAUCACACGAUGUAGGAAAGUCUACAGAACUGACGUGCCUUAAAAGUAGAAUCGAAACAAAUUUCCUCAUAUGCAGACAAUAGAAAGUGAACAGAUUCUCUUUGCCAAAUACAUUGCCACAAUUGAGUAAUUCUUUAAAAGAAUCGCAUUGCCAUAUAUCUUUUUUUUUAAAGUAUGUACUGAAUUGAUUGCCAAAUGGUUUUAAUUACUGCUAACUUCAGUCUUGUUGAGGCUAGAAUAGAUAACUGAUGAAUAGGUCGAUUGAGAUUGUGAGGUAAGAAACAAACUACUGUAAACGUGCCUUAAUUUAAUUUGUUACAGACAAUAGGCUUUGUGUGGAUAAUAAACCUUAUUUUCGAACACGUUAAGCACCUGAGUUUGAAGUGGUGAACAAUCAUAUAAUGGAAUGUUUUUUGUUUUUUUAUUUCAGGCCAAAUUCACUGCAAGAUUUCUACCUCUUACUACUGAAAUUGUGCCUUAUUUUGAAAUUAGUAUCUAGAAAUUGAAAUUAAUUUCUAUUAACGCAUUUCUGCUUUGACUAUUUUAGACCACUUUUACUGUUUUCUUCAUUUCCCUAAAAUGAAAAAGAAAAGAAAGAAACUAGAAUAUACAUUAAUCUUAAGUUGGCCACUAAAUAGAAACUCUUUUCAAUAUGGACGUGUUUUGUUGGAGCUAGGAAAAUGUCUUUUACACAGUUCUGUUAUAACACAUAAACGUUGUGUCCUUUUGUACAUUUACUUUGCACCAUUGUUUUUUUAUUUUUUUAUUUUUUUGUAACAGCAGGUAUUGCAACAUUCUCAUUCUUGUAAGGAAAUGCUGCACAAUAAACACUUGAUUCUUUCCAAUGUUAAAAUGUCAAA